AUGUCGCGAACACCAGUAACACAGCAACCAAGGCCGACCACUGGCGAGUCACUGGAAAUGAAAUGGGUAUCGAAACUUUCACGUGGAUACACACCAGGUGGGGUUCCAAGUGGCCUCGGUAUAUUGGCAGACACCGACCAUCUCCGGGUUCAACAAACACUGGAUACAUUAGGUGUCGGCUGUAAUACCAAUAACACCUACACACUUUCCAACAAAGCAAAGGAGAAAAUCUUUGAAGCGGAAGAAUAUACCUCGUGUUGUAGUCGAUUUUGGUGCGGACCAGCACGUCGGUUUGACAUGGCCAUCAAAAACGAAGAGGGAGAAAAGAUUCUGCAUUUUGUAAGACCUGUUCGAUGUGAUGCGUGUUUCUGUUGCUGUUGUCUCGAGAAAAUCAUGAUUCAGACUCCCAUGGGAGAUGUUUUGGGUUACGUUAAACAAAAAUGGACUUUUUGUGGUGCAACAUUAAAUGUACUGAAUAGUGAAGAAGAACUCUAUUAUACGAUAAAGAGUCCAGCGUGUCCGUGUAGGUGUUAUACAGAUCUCUUUUUCCCGAUCGAAGACGAUCAAGGCGAAGAGGUGGGAAUGAUACGUAAACAGUGGGGUGGCAAAAAGCUUUAUGCGAACAUGGACCAUGAAAAUUACGUAAUUGAAUUUCCAGAAGACGCGGACAUUAAAAUGAAAGCCAUAAUACUAGGAGGGGCAUUCCUUGUGGUAAGGGAAAUGUAUACUAAUCUACUCAAUUCAUCAGGUCUACCAACUAUACAAGAAUGGCGUCCAUACGAGUCAAAGAAGGGAAUAACAGUGUAUUGA